CAAUUCUUCCCAAAGCCUGGAACUUGAAGCACCUGCACCUGAGUUUUGCAUUGUGUUGGAUUAGUAGCUCAAUGGGAGAUUUUAUUGGUCAUAUAUGUCCCGGCCUGUUUCUGGUCUUAUAUGGACUGUAUAGAGCAAUAGUAGUCUCCAGAGCUAUGAUAUUCAAUGACUCUCUUCUGAAUCCUUCAUCCCUCUCUAAGAGUAAGGGAAGGUGGGACAGGCUGUGGCAAAUAGCCCAUGCGGGCUGGUUGAAGACAGUGACUGGCUGCCUCUUGAUAGUUUAUGAGGUCAACUGUGUUGACGGAGGGUUGAAAUUUAUGAACAAAGGGACGCCACCCAGGUUUAUGUACCCCAAGGAGUGGCAGCAUCUCACCAUGUUCAUCCUCCUCACCCUUGAUGGUUGCAUAGAAAUUGCAAGCAAGAAUGUGCUGCAGCAGAGGUGUGGGGUCCUAGAGAGAGGUUCCACUGUCCUGGGCUUCUACGUGCUCCUGCUGCUGCUGCUGUCACACAUUAAGGAUUCAUCUGGGGUGGAGCUGCAGGUCCACUCUCUCUUCGUUUUGGUGGUGUUCCUGCUGAUGCUGGUGUUGACGGCUGAGCUGUGGGCUCCUAAGAUGUUUCACCUCUGGGUGAUAGAGACCUUCCUGUUCCUGAUGAUGGGCUCGUGGCUGAUUCAGGCAGGCUUCAUUCUGUUUAGACCAGUGUCUGGCUACCCGUGGGAAGAUGAUGACAUCAGUGACAUCAUGUUUGUCACCACCUUCUUCUGCUGGCAUGUGAUGAUCAAUGCUUUAUGCCUGCUAGGAAUCUAUGGCGUCUCUUCCUAUUGGCACCACUUUUACAGUCCCAGCUUGAGGCUGAUGGGGUCCAAGGAAGCGCUGUAUCAUGGGAGCUCCUCGGGAACAUUUUACAGCCUGCUGCGGGAUGCAGAGCAGCAGGAAAAAGAUGACCAGGCUCUUCUCCCUUCGCCCUGACUGUGACAGGGCCUAGAAUACCUGGGCGUAUUCACCACCCCAUCUUCCUCCUGGGGGCUGUUCUAGGCGCUUGCCAUGCACCCCAUUCCUUGGUGAAGGUAAUGGUCCUACAGGACAGCAGUUGGUUCCAAUUUGUUGGAGCAAAACUCCCCAUCUCUGAGCCUCCAGUUGAUGCUGAGGAGAAAGGGGUCAAGAAAGGGAUGCUGGUGAGACUUGUGGAGAGGGAGGGCAGAAUCCAAGCCAGGGGAGGAAAGUGCAACAGAAUGACUUGAAAGGGAGGAAUCUGCAGCAGAGCCCAGAAUUCUGUGGUCAGAGCUGUUUCUCUGGGUACCACUGAUUGCAUUCACCUGAGGGAAUAAAGAUUUCUCACCACUCCAAACCAGAAUCAGCUGUCUCAUUCUAUAAAGUAGAUUUGAUUCUUUCUGUUACUUUGAAUUUCAGACAAGAUCUCACGACAUUACCCAGUCUGGCUUGGAACUCAAUAUAUAUGUAGACCAGGCUGGCCUCAAACUCAGGUCUGCCUGCGUCUGCUUCCUGAGCGCUGUAAUUAAAGGUGGG